CAUGAGUCAGAGCACCCAUGGUCGGUCCGCGUUUCGUAAUUAAUUCUCCUCGUCGACGAGAGAAAUGCGAGUCUAGUCCCGGGACCAAGACACCUGCACGUACCCGGGCCGCGCUUGUCCUCAGAGGACAUGCUCGUUGUGCCCGGUAAAUCGCGCACCUUUCAUCAUUAUUCACCUCUCCCGCUCGGCUCCGCUCUGCUUUCGUCCCCGCCGUGCUCGUUGCGUCCAAAGUAUCGCGUGUGUCUUCUUCUCGCGUUCCUGUCGAAAGACACCUUCUUUCCACCCCGGUUCGCCUCACCCGCGGGACUCUCCUGUCGCCUCUUUUGAACAGCAACGCGAGAAAGGAUCGUCCACGGAUGCUCCCCGUCCAGUUUCAAAUAUCGGCCUCGGCGACGAUCGAACAUCCACGGGAAAGAAUGGACUGUGAAUUCGUCGACCGUACCCGCCUUUUAUUUACCGUGCUCUGCUGCAAAUGAAAUGGAUCGAACGAGGUAACUCGAGCUUUGGAGAUAGGGAAAUAAUAGAAGAAGCAUGGAUCAAAACAGAAACAGGCCUAGCAGGCCCCGCCUUCGUUCGCAUGGCAAUUCUGCCAGGGUUCUGGUGUUCGAUCAAGCAGAGAGCGAAGAGUCUGCUUGCAGCGCCGAGGCGGAUGUGCAGAAGCAUUCGGCGCUGCCUAAAAUGGAAAGCAAGGAGGCUCCAGUUCGGCCUGUCAGCGGAGAACUGUCGAAUUUGGUUCGAAUGAGGAACUCUGCUUUCGGGAAGUCUGCUCCGUCUCUGUCUGUCCAUGUGCGUGAUUUUAACAUUCCACGACGUGCUGCCAAAGCAGUUCUUCGUAAAUCUUUUAUCGCAACGACGUCUCCUACUUUACCAAGAUGUCAUUCGCCAAUGUCAGCAUUCGUCCCGAUUGUAGGCAGUCCCCUAGAGAGUCCUAGGAUGUCAUCCAGUCCACAUUUUGCUUUUGCUCCAAUUAAAAGGAUCGGUGGAGGUGCGACAGGAACCGGAGAUGGCAGACGAUGGUCGGUGGCUAGUUUGCCUUCCAGUGGAUACGGUACGACACCAGGCUCCAGCAACGUUUCGUCACAGUACUCGAGCCAAGAACGUUUGCAUCAACUUCCAAAUGUUCCGACCAAGGACGAGUUGCGUAUGCUUUCUUGUCAUUUUUCUAAACCUGGCACGCCGUGUUCUUCUCAUCCUGGAUUCCCAGGUUCCAACAUCUCCAGUAUUCCAGGCAGCGUGUCCCUCAGCCUCGACGAGGAAGGCCGUAGAUCGCCGUUGCAUAGACCGCGUUCCCGUAGUUUGAGCAGUCCUAGCCGGUCCCCCGUGUUGGACAGCGAAAUUGUUAUGAUGAACACCCUUUAUAAAGAACGGUUUCCAAAGGCGACGCAGCAGAUGGAAGAGCGUCUGACCAAUUUCAUCAACGAGAACAAGGAACUGGACGAGUACGAGGUGAUGUCGAACAUGACUCAGGACUCUCUGCCGAUUUUGCGAUUCGUGCAUCAUCAAGUGAUCGAGAUGGCUAGGGAUUGUUUGCAAAAGUCUCAGGAGAAGUUGAUCACCACCAGAUAUUUUUACGAAAUGAGCGAAAAUUUGGAGCAUCUAUUGAUGGAGACCAAAGAAAAAUCGCUCGAGGCAGCAACGAGACUGACGGGGCUCAUAAAAAAAUUACUGCUGAUAAUAUCGCGUCCAGCUCGCCUAUUGGAGUGCUUAGAAUUUGAUCCGGAAGAGUUCUAUCAUCUACUGGAACAGGCUGAAGGUCAAGCAAAAAUCAACGCGGGAAUAAAAACAGAUAUACCUCAGUAUAUCGUUAAUAAACUUUCCCUCAACAGAGAUCCGAUAUCGGAAUUGCAAGAAGAUUUGAAUAAGCUGGAGGAUUCGGCUAGCUCCAGCGAUAGCAACUUGCAGAUCACCUCGAGUCCAAACAAGGACGAUGAAAAGUCUCAGCGCGUACCGUGCGAGAGUGAUUACGAGGUGCUGAAGCUGAUUAGUAACGGCGCGUACGGGGCGGUAUUUUUGGUAAAGGAGAAAACCACGAGGCUGAGGUUCGCCAUGAAAAAGAUAAACAAGAACAAUCUGAUGCUGCGCAAUCAAGUGGAGCAAGUAUUUGCCGAGAGAGACAUAAUGAGCUUUACGGAUAAUCCGUUUGUAGUUUCCAUGUAUUGCAGUUUCGAAACAAAAAAACACUUGUGCUUGGUGAUGGAGUAUGUAGAGGGGGGCGACUGUGCAAAUCUGUUAAAAAAUAUCGGCGCCCUACCACCGGAUAUGGCGAGGUUCUAUUUCGCGGAGACCGUUUUGGCCGUUGAAUAUUUGCACAACUAUGGCAUCGUUCAUCGAGACUUGAAGCCAGAUAAUUUACUCAUUACCGCCCUUGGUCACAUCAAACUCACCGAUUUUGGUCUGAGUAAAAUGGGUCUUAUGUCCUUGGCGACGAAUCUGUACGAGGGAUAUAUCGAUAGGGAUACGAGACAGUUUUCGGAUAAACAGGUGUUCGGUACGCCUGAGUACAUUGCCCCUGAAGUGAUAUUACGUCAGGGAUAUGGCAAACCUGUUGAUUGGUGGUCUAUGGGCAUUAUACUUUACCAGUUUCUAAUUGGCUGUGUUCCAUUUUUUGGCGACACUCCGGAAGAAUUAUUUGCUCACACAGUGAACGAUGACAUCGAGUGGCCCGACGACGAGGACUGGCCCGUUCAACCGGAAGCGAAAGACAUCAUAACGGCGUUGCUGCAACAGAGUCCUAGAGAUCGUUUGGGAACCGGGGGAUCCCACGAGGUCAAAGAGCACCCGUAUUUCUACGGAGUGAACUGGAACAGUUUGCUCAGACAGAAGGCUGAGUUCGUGCCGCAACUGAUCAACGACGAGGACACGAGUUAUUUCGACACUCGUAUGGAUAGAUACAAUCACGACAUCGGCGACGACACCGACGACACCGAUGACUCCCCUUUGUUUGGAUCGUUCUCCUCGUACUCUCCUCAGUCACGGAAGAUCUCGCAGACCCGUCCACCGCAAAUAAAUCCAGAGUCGGAGUCCGACGCUUCGAAGAAGCUACUGUUCCGUACGGAGCUCGAACGCACGGUGGCGCAACUGUCUCUGGGAUGCUCCAGCUCUGUCACCCCUCCAUCCAAAUUAAUCGAAUCGAUCCCGUUGGAGAAGAACCGGUCCUCCUCCUCGAUAAAGAGCAUCUCCUGUUUGGAGACUCCGCCAAAGGCGGACAAAUCGAACGCGUCGUUCGGUAGCCCAGCCACGGCGACGAGUGGCGAGUCUCAGCUAACUGUCAUCAAGAACAAUCAGAUAGAAGGAUCGAUCAGCCUGAGCACACCUGACUCGUCCCAGACGGAGUCCGAGGACAUCAGUCCGCAGAUCCAGAGAAAGAGACACGUGCACUCGCGCGAUAAGCUGCCCAGGUUCAGUAUAUCCGUUGAUGAUGACCACAUGUUGGAUCUCGUCGCUGCAAACAGGGACAUGACGGAGGACAGCAAGCAUAACUCCAGCACCGAUUCCUUCGAAUCGUUCACCGCGAUGCCUGUGAUCUUGUCGUCCGCGAAGCAAAAGUCACGAUCCGUGAUCAAGUCUGCGUCCACCAGUGGACUGUCCUUGGUGAUACCGGCCAGCGAAUUUUCUUAUGACGCGUCCUUGAAUACUCAGCCGAUCGAGUCACCCGGUGGAUCGUCCACUGCUUCUUCGAGGGACACGUCCCCUUGCCGUGAAUUGAGCCCUCUCGUGACCAGCUUGAAGCCCCCUAUCAUCAUUCGAAGAGGACCUUGUGGAUUCGGUUUCACCGUACACACCAUCAGAGUCUACUAUGGGGACAGUGAUUUUUACACGAUGCAUCACCUGGUUAUGGCCGUCGACCAGUCCAGUCCGGCGUUCGAGGCUGGUUUGAGACCAGGCGACCUCAUAACUCACAUAAACGGUGAACCAGUGCAGGGUUUAUACCAUAUACAAGUUCUACAGUUGAUGUUGAGCGGAGUCGAUCGCGUGACAUUGCGCAGCACUCCGUUGGAGAACACCAGCAUAAAAACUGGCGGACGGAAGAGAGAUCUAGCUCAGAGCAAAAUGGCGCGCAGAACGCUGCACAAGCAGCGCAAACAGAAGCGCGAUCAUUCCGAUAAGAAACGAAACACGUCUCUUUUUAAGAGGCUCAGUUCGAAGCGACAUAGCGCGGAGAUACAGCAGCCAUUAACUAUCAGUUGUCCAUUGUCAGCACCCAUUCUAUCCAGCGACAGCAAACCUCCACUUAUGAUGGCUGCAGGAAUUUGUUCACCGUCGAUGGUGACGCCCAGUCGAUCUUUCCAGUCGUUCACGCGUUCUCAGGAAUCGUCGCCCUAUUUCGCAGCUUGCACAAAGUCCGUUUGCAGUCCAUCGCCACCUACGAAUCGCGUCAGCUUGGAGUCCUAUCACUCCACCAGCAACUCGAGCCCCUGCUCCAGCCCUAAUUCUUCAUCCCCGGGUUCCAACACAUCGGCAGCAAAUUUAACGGCCAUCUCCAAUCAGUCUCACUAUCAGAGACCCAGCACUCUUCACGGUUUGAAGCACAAGUUGCACACGGCGGCGAAAAAUAUCCAUUCACCUAACCGCAGGAAAUCCGUGGGACAUAUACCGUUGUCCCCGUUGGCCAGGACACCGAGCCCGUCGCCUCUUCCCGCCAGUCCAACCAGGAGUCCCAGUCCGUUAGCGUUUCCCACGGGACACCAGCCUGGUAGUUCCAAUACUACGCAGUCCUAUAGUCCAGGUGUCUGUUUGUCAACGCCAAACAAUCAGAAGAAGAGCUACGGUCGUCCAAAGUCGGCGGAGCCUGGUUCCCCGUUGCUGAGGAGAGCCCUCAGCCCGGACAGGCUUCACCCACGCUCAGCGGAGAACAAGACGUCGAUAUCGCCGUUGGCGAACGCAGUGGUGAAAGUAACACCCCGCGUGACCAUAGCGCAAUCGUCGUCCCACUCCGAGGUCCUCGACGAGAGCGGAGACAGCUUCAAAGAAGCAAACGACUCGAAGAUCGAGAAGAAACCGUCUACCGAUCAGAAGUCCGACUACUCCAAGCUGUCACACGCGAUAUCGAUCAACUUGGGAGCGGUGGGUAUGUCGAACUCCUGCGGCAGCACGCAGCUACCCAGAAUAGCGGAGGAGAAGGACUCGCCGACAGGAACCAAGGCUGACGAUUACUCAUCAAAGGAGACCCUAUCUUCCGAGAGAACUGACAAGGCUAACGCUUCCUCCAGCAAGCCAACCGAGCAAGAGAAAGCUAUGGACAAUCGUCGCAGUCACGAAUCGAAAGUAGAGCCCGAUAGCCCGUUCAAUAUGCUCGCGCGUAGCUCUCAGUCUACUCACAAGCAAUCGCAAACCAACGAGAAAGCCUCUCAGCUCUUUGCUCAAAAACCAUCGUCACAAUGUGGCGAGAAAGGUUCGUUGGCUCAGAAGUCGUUGCUGCAGAGCAUCGAGAGAGGCUCUCAGACUCAAAAGUCUUUCCCUCAGAGCGGCGAGAAAUGCUCCCAGUCGUUUGUUCAGAGAUCUCUGUCGCUGAGUGGCGAGAAAUGCGCCCAAUCCUCGGCUCAAAAGCCACCGUUACAGAGCAACGAGAGAGUGUUGCAGUCCAUGUCGCUGAAGGCAGCUGGUAAAUGUUCAGAGGGUAAUCCGGAUGGCAGAAAGACGUUGAAGAAACACAAGGUCGACAGCUCAGAUGGCGCUGGAUGCUCGAACUCGUUCGAGGCCGGCGGAUCUGUAAAGGACAAGAAAUGCAAUUGAGGAUCGUCGUGCGAAUUUUAAUUAGAAGUUCGGUAAAUUAAGUCCGCGUAUUUGUUAGACUUGUUUGCGAACGUUUAUGUUUUAGUUUUUCGUUGAAAACGUUUCUUGAUAUCGAUCAAAUCGAGACGCGAACCGAGCAGAUUCGACGUCUAUAACGAACGCGCGCAAUCUUAUAAUCGAACAUAAAAGCGGAAGGAAGGUAAAUCAAAAGUAAGACAGUUCUGUGUUUAACAGCUUUAAAAGAAAGAAGGGAAGCAAUUUAUACACGAAAUCAAUAUCUACAUAGGCUUCCAUCGAAUAUCGUAUACCUUUGAGAGCAAAAUGGCCGGUAUUUCUGGAUAUCCGUGAGGCGUGUGCAAGCCAUCCUUGUAACUGUAAUCUUUGUCAUACGAUUAAUCGAAUAUAAGGGAAUCAAGAUGAAAGUAGAGAAACUGCGACACCCCAUUAUAUUUAAACGAUUUUGAACGCGCAGUUUGUCGAAAUCGCUCUUCUGUAUUUCUCGAUGGAGGUCGGGAGAGAACGAACAAGUAAUUGGAGUAAUUUAUAUACUUCGGGCUACAGUAUUUACACGAUCUCAUUUACGUUUACGUCUAAUAUUAGCACAUCACUGUAUGAAUCAAGCAUAUAGCAGUUAGCGGAGUCGCGUACAGAUAGUUUUCCAGUGCGUGCAACAUUCGUGAAGAGAAGGCAACAUGUAUGUAUCGUAUAUAC